UUCAGGUCACGUUCGCGUCUUCGGGCUUGGAGCCAGUUGGGGCAGGACAUCGAUGGCGAAGCCUCUUACGAUCGCUUUGGCUCGUCGGUGUCGCUGAGCAGCGACGGCAGCCGCGUGGCCAUUGGAGCGUCCUACAACGACGGUGCUGGGUCAAAUUCAGGUCACGUUCGCGUCUUCGGGCUUUCGGGCAGCACAUGAAGCCAGUUGGGGCAGGACAUCGAUGGCGAAGCCUCUGACGAUCACAGUGGCACGUCGGUGUCGCUGAGCAGCGACGGCAGCCGCGUGGCCAUUGCAGCGAAGUACAACGACGGUGCUGGGACAAGUUCAGGUCACGUUCGCGUCUUCGGGCUUUCGGGCAACACAUGGAGCCAGUUGGGGCAGGACAUCGAUGGCGAAGCCUCUGACGAUUACAGUGGCUCGUCGGUGUCGCUGAGCAGCGACGGCAGCCGCGUGGCCAUUGGAGCGGCCAACAACGACGGUGCUGGGCCAAAUUCAGGUCACGUUCGCGUCUUCGGGCUUUCGGGCAACACAUGGAGCCAGUUGGGGCAGGACAUCGAUGGCGAAGCCUCUACCGAUUACAGUGGCACGUCGGUGUCGCUGAGCAGCGACGGCAGCCGCGUGGCCAUUGGAGCGAAGUACAACGACGGUGCUGGGAGAAGUUCAGGUCACGUUCGCGUCUUCGGGCUUUCGGGCAACACAUGGAGCCAGUUGGGGCAGGACAUCGAUGGCGAAGCCUCUGACGAUUACAGUGGCUCGUCGGUGUCGCUGAGCAGCGACGGCAGCCGCGUGGCCAUUGGAGCGGCCAACAACGACGGUGCUGGGCCAAAUUCAGGUCACGUUCGCGUCUUCGGGCUUUCGGGCAACACAUGGAGCCAGUUGGGGCAGGACAUCGAUGGCGAAGCCUCUACGAUUACAGUGGCACGUCGGUGUCGCUGAGCAGCGACGGCAGCCGCGUGGCCAUUGGAGCGAAGUACAACGACGGUGCUGGGAGAAGUUCAGGUCACGUUCGCGUCUUCGGGCUUUCGGGCAACACAUGGAGCCAGUUGGGGCAGGACAUCGAUGGCGAAGCCUCUAACGAUAACAGUGGCUGGUCGGUGUCGCUGAGCAGCGACGGCAGCCGCCUGGCCAUUGGAGCGAGCCACAACGACGGUGCUGGGUCAAGUUCAGGUCACGUUCGCGUCUUUGGGAUCGAGGCACCGACGCCGGUGCCUUCGCCAGCGCCGCCUGCAGCGACUGCUGCUGCAGUCGGGGAUCCCCACCUGGUAAAUAUGUACGGGGAGCGUUUUGAUCUCCUUAAGGUCGGCAAACACUUGCUGGUCGAGGUCCCACAGUUUGCAGCGGAGAGCGCGACGCUCCUGGCCGUCGCGGCCGUGGCACAGCGUUUGGGCGACGCCUGCUCGGACGUUUACUUUGUGUCCCUCAAUGUGACCGGCAAGUGGGCGGACGGCGUGCGCGAGGGCGGCUUCCAUUACACGGCCAAGCAGCCGCAGGCUCACAGAAAAGGAACGGGCUGGCUGAGCUUCCACAGCAUUCAAUUGAAGACCGUAUGGGGCCGUACUGGCGGAGGCAUUUCCUACCUGAAUCUGUUCGUCAAGAACUUGGGCAAGUCGGGGUAUCCAGUCGGCGGUUUGCUUGGCGGUGGGGACCACUCGUCUGUGACCAAGCAAGUUUUGCGCUGCAAGCGCGAAUUGGUCCUAUAGAUGGUCUUCUUUUCACAAAUUUAUUUAAUUGCAUGGCGCUGCAGCCCAAGGUAGCAGCGCCUUCACGCAGCAGUGUCCAGCGAGCUGCAGCCCAAGGUAGCAGCUCAUUUACAGCGCUGGUCGCUGCAUCCCAGGCACUUUAUACUAAGAGCAAGCGAGAGAAGAUGCCCGCGGCUGAGCUGUCAUAGAGAA